UCACUGAGGUGAUAACCACACAUACACGUCACGGAGACCGCUGUCUAAUCGAUUAUAAUUUCUACACACGUCCACCAGCAGCAUUAUCUAACAAAGCCACGUACAGAAAUCUGAUCUCAUCGGGGUGUGAUGAAUGCUGAGAUUUGUAGUGCAGUGAAUCAGUCACGUGACACUGAAACGCCUUACUGGAGGACUUGAAUGUCGAGCAGCCAAACUAGGGAUAUCACCUGUGACUAGUCCCUCCAACUCAUUUGACUAAUUCUCCCAGUCAGAAUGACCAACAGCGACUUGUAUUUGUUUUAUCACGGACUUCUUCUCCCAAAGAUUGUACACAACGAGGACAGUCUGAAAUAUUUUGAGUCGUUUCAAGCGCAGGAUGAUGACGUGAUUGUAGUUACAUAUCCCAAAUCUGGUACAACAUGGAUGCAAGAAAUUCUUCCCCUGCUCCUGAAUGGAGGGGAUUUUACUCCAGUACUGACCAUCCCAAACUGGGACAGAGUGCCAUGGCUUGAGGAGUCACGUACCGCUCAAGUCAUAGACAAGCUGAGUGCUCCACGAGCCUUCGUUACCCAUAUGCAUUAUCGCUUAAUGCCUUCCUCCUUCUUCUCUUCUAAGGCCAAGGUCAUUUAUGUUUCCAGAAACCCAAAAGAUGUCCUGGUUUCCUCUUUUCAUUUUCACCAGAUGGCCAGUUUUCUGCAUGACCCAGGAACCUUUGAAGAAUUUACAGACAAAUUCCUAUCCGGGAAUGUGUUUUUCGGAAAGUGGACAGAUCAUGUGAAGAGCUGGAGAAACACAGAUUUAGGAGACAGAAUUCUUUACAUCACAUAUGAGGAGAUGAUUCAGGAUCUGCAUGGAGUUCUUGAACGCAUUUCAUUCUUUCUUGGUAAGCACCUGAGCAAAGACACUCUGAAACGUGUCACUGAACACUGCGAGUUCAAAACCAUGACACAGAACAAAAUGUCCAACUAUACACUGGUGCCACAGACAGUAAUGGACACCCAGAAGUCUCCUUUUCUCAGAAAAGGAAUUGUUGGAGAUUGGAAGAAUCAUUUCAGCUCAGAAUUGGAGUCGAAAUUCAAUGCGGCCAUUUUUGAAGAACUAAAGGGAACUGGCAUCACAUUCCCUUGGGAUGAGGAACACAAAUGAAAUCCCACUUCGUAAAAUGAUCAAUUUAAAAAAUGUAAUUCUUCUUUUUAAUUGUAUUAUACCAUAGUGUAUGUAAUAUACUAUUCCCCUUUAAAAGUUUUUAUUAUAAAUGUUAUAAAAAUUCUCAUUUUAAAUUGUUUAAAAUACACAAAAAGUAGCUGAACAUCAGUAGUGCCAGUUUAUUCUAAAUUACAAUGUACAGAAACUGUUACCUACUUUUGCAAGUCAAAACUCAUACUUACUUUGCAAGUCAGAACUUGCGAAAGAAGCAGCAUGAAAACAGUUAUGAAACAACCUGCAGUUGGACAUAAGUCAAUAAGAGAAACAUUCAGUUGCACUUAUCAUUGUGCUUUGCAGGGGGCAUGGUGGAUUAUCCCCCCCCCCCCCCAUUAUACUGUACUAUUAUAUUGUUGCAAACUGUUUCAUACUGAUUUUCUUCUUUGACACUACUAUCUAUUAUUUUAUUAUUAUUUACCUAUUUUGCUAUUUUAUUUUUGCUUUUUGCUUCUUGAUUUCUGUUUUUACUUCAUGCUAUCAUUUUAACUAUGAAAUUUGCUAUAUAAAUAAUCUUUAUUAUUGAAACAAAUACCCUAGCUUUCUUUAGCUGUUCCCGACAUCUCCUCUUCCCCAAUAAACUCUCCAGUCAUACACUA